AUGGCGGUUCGACUGCCUGGCGGGGUGAGGUCAACCGACAGCUUUUGGGAUCUCCUGCUUAGCCAGCGGGAUGUGAGCCGUGAAGUCCCCCAGGACCGGUACAAUAUCGACGCGUUCUAUAGUGACUCCCAGUCGCGUGCGGUGAAAUCUGUGGCCUCCAAGGAGUGCUCCUCUGCGAUUGUCGCCGGGUCAAGCAUUGUGUUGACCCCAACAAUGACCAAAUGCAUGUCAGAAAAUCUGGCAUUGGCACCUGAUGAAGCAUGUAAGACCUUUGACAGGGAAGCUGAUGGUUUUGCUCGUGGUGAGGCGGUGAACGCCCUCUAUAUUAAACGGCUGGAUGACGCGGUGCGAGACGGAGACCCAAUUCGGCCUGUGAUCCGCUCGACCAUGAACAGCUACGACGGGCAGACGAGUCAAAUGGCUAUACCCAGUGCAGCAGCUCAGGAGUCCUUGAUCCGGAAUGCUUACACAAGAGCUGGUCACACCUCAAAGUCUAUCGUGGUAUCCUGCAUUGUUAUCGUCCCUUCUAACAUUCAGAAACAGCGAAUCGACCCGAUUGCGAUGAAAACGUGCCUUGAGCUUAGGGCCAAGCUGCUAUUCUCGGCCAACACCUAA